AUGCCAGACUGGGAGGCUCUGGCAGCAAAUGCACAGCAGCGCAGGAGAGAGACAGCAGCGGUCAGCACAGCAGUGUGGGCGGCCGCUCCAGCGCAGUCAUGUCAGCUGUCAGGGGCUGUGUCCCUGCGCGCAGUGUCAGGUGCCUGCGCAGCGCCACUGAUGGGGGCAGAGGGCAUGAUGCAGCUGGAUGUGAGCACUCUGCUGCAGGCCCCACCCAGUCUGGAGGUUGCCGUAGCCAUCAAAGCCUUGAAGGAAAAUGGACAGAGUACGUUGCGCCCCAUAGCAGCUCUGACUGAUCUAGCGACCAUAGCUAGCCACGCGCUCUCGCCAUGCCCCAGCGAAGCCUCCUCGCCAGCCGCCACCCGCUCUCCAAGCCCGGAGCCGCGUGCCAGCACAGCGCAGCACAGCGCGCAGCCGGCACAUGCCGGCAUGCCUGCGCGACACGCGCCCACCUCCUCUCAUGCGGCUGCUGGCCAGGAGAGUGGGAGAAGCAUUGGAGGCACGACCAGGCAGGGGCUGUCAAAGAGCAUGUGGGAGCCUGCAGUGUCAAGAUCGGGUUAUGGCGGCAAAGGAGCAGCCUGUGUGGAAGCUGGGAGUGCAGCGCUGGCAGGAGAGGGGCCAGUACAGAGGCACGGGUCUCUGUUUGCGAGCGAGUCAGGCACCCUCAUGUCUGUGGUGACCAUGCCUGCAGCGCAGAAGGCAGCUCUUUUAGGACUUGGUCUUGAGGAGCUCACUGCAGGGUCUGCUCGGCUACCUGAGCAUGAAAGUGGUGGCCCAGUGGAGGCCAUGAGGAGGGAUGAGUCCAUGAUGUCAGGAGCUGGUUUGGGCAAGACAGGGGAGGGUAGAGGGAACGGGCAGCAAAGGCUGAAUGUGGUGCAUGUGGACAGCACUUAA